UUGGGAACCUGACGGCUGCUGCUGGUGGCCUGCUGGCUGCUGCUGCUGCUGCGCGAGCAACGAGCAGCCAGUGAAUCGCGAGGGAGUCUAGAGCACGCAUUUUUCUUCGCAUCGAUCAUCGCCGGCGAUGGCAGCCCACUGGAUUCGCACAAUCUCUCCGAAGCUUGCCGGUGCACGGCUUUACAGCAGCCAGGUACACAAAUGCACCCUCAUCCCCGGGGAUGGUAUCGGACCCGAGAUCUCCGCCGCGGUGCAGAAGAUCUUCGAUGCCGCCAAAGUACCAAUAGAAUGGGAAUCAGUUGACGUGACACCAGUGAAGGGUCCGGAUGGCAAGUUUGGCAUACCCCAGGCGGCCAUCAAUUCUGUCAAUAGGAAUAAAAUCGGGUUGAAGGGACCUCUGAUGACGCCAAUAGGGAAGGGUCACAGGUCUCUCAAUCUCGCGCUCAGAAAGGAAUUCAACUUGUACGCCAACGUGCGGCCGUGUCGGUCCUUGGAGGGCUACAAGACGCUGUACGACAAUGUCGACGUCAUUACUAUCAGAGAGAACACAGAAGGCGAGUAUUCCGGCAUAGAACACUUGAUCGUGGAUGGCGUUGUACAGUCCAUUAAGUUAAUCACGGAAGAGGCGUCUCGCAGAGUAGCUGAAUUUGCUUUCCAGUAUGCUACGGACAAUAAUAGGAAAAAGGUCACUGCUGUACAUAAAGCGAAUAUCAUGAGGAUGUCGGACGGCCUGUUUCUCAGAUGUUGUCGGGAGGCCGCACAGAAAUUCUCGUCGGUGAAGUUCGAGGAGAAGUACCUGGACACAGUCUGCCUGAACAUGGUGCAGGAUCCAAGCGAAUAUGACGUGCUCGUAAUGCCUAAUCUAUACGGCGACAUCUUGUCCGAUAUGUGCGCAGGCCUUGUCGGAGGCCUCGGUCUCACACCGAGCGGAAAUAUCGGCUUGAACGGGGCGCUAUUUGAAUCGGUACACGGUACGGCACCUGACAUCGCUGGGCAGGACAAGGCGAAUCCCACGGCGCUCCUGCUCUCCGCCGUGAUGAUGCUUAAGCACAUGGGCCUAAAUGACCACGCAAAGAUCAUCAAACAGGCGGCGUACGAUACUAUCAAGGAGGCGAAGUAUCUGACCGGUGACCUAGGUGGCACCGCAAAAUGUAGCGAGUACACUGAUGAAAUUUGCAAGAAAGUUGCAGCGCAGACCAAAUAAAAGGCAGAACAUUACAUUGUUAAUCGAGAUCUCAACUGCCAAAUACUCGUAGUCUUGUCCAUCUGUGAUGGGCGGAUGGCGGAGGAGGGCUCGUUAUUUUUUACCAUCAUCACUCUGUGCACAGUCUCAUAUGUGCGUAGCAUCAUAAUAUAAUAAUGUUUAUUUGCAAAAUGCCCUCUGCAUUUUCCAAAAUAAUUCAUAUUAUAUUAUGAUUAUAAUUAUUAUACAUUGAUAUAAUAAUUAUAAAUUAAUAUCAAAUUUUAUUUAAUGUGUGUGGUUUUACACGAUAAGACGAGCAAGAUCUAGCGAGAUGAAUAAUAGUUUGAAUUAUCGAAGUCGCGCAGUAUUAUAAAUAAAUGAAACUUCAGGAAAUUAAUUCAAUGCUCGUACUGUCACAUAAAUUCAUCCGAUCGUUGAAUAUCUCAAGCGAAUUACUCGUCAUUGUUAUUUCAGAAGUUCAUGAAAAGAAUCAUUUAAAGGUAAUUUUUACCUGAAUAAUUAAAGAAUUAUGACACGGAUAUGAAUUGUAUUUGCCAAGAUUUAUAUCCGUGUCAGUAAAAUCAAAAAUAAUUUAAAUGAUCGAAAUCGCGCAAUAGUAUAAAAUAAAUGAAACUUUCGGAAAUUAAUUAAAUUCUCGUACUGUCGCACAGAUACCUCCGAUCGUUAAAUAUCCCAAACUACUUAUUUCUCACCCUUCGUCGUGUAAUUUGAAAAAGUUCACGGAUGAAACGUUUAAAGAAAGUUGUUACACGUUAAACUGUUAAAGAACUGUGACACAAGGUGUAUCCUAUAGAGAUGAAAACUAGUUUGAGCUAUCGAAAUCACGCAGUAUUAUAAAUAAAUAAAAUUUCAGCAAAAUAA